UACGUGUGUUCAGUGUUGGAGUUCCCUGGUCCAGCACAGGGGGUCACGCAAGUCCACAAAGGAUGGAGUCUCCAGAACCACCUUAUGUCAAGCGCACAUGCCAUCUUCCUGCUAAGGUGAUGAGACAGUGUUGAUGUUGCAGAAAGGCAUCGCCGUUUUUUGGCCACCAGGUAAGACUAGAGCAGCUAUAACAGAAGCCCAUCUGGCAAGCAGAAUGACUGAAGGUGUAGAUGAUCCUCAAGCCCCAAAGACUAUAAUAAGCAAUAGCUCCAUCAUCCACCAGGCAAGAAACACUGAUGUUAGCCAAAGCCUUGGGACAUUGAGCGGGACUUCCUCUCUGCAUACUUCAGAUGAGGGGCCAGGGCAGUAUCAGGACCACCAGGACAAACAAGAAGUAGAACAACAAAAUGGACAUCUGGCACCUGAUGGAGGCUGGGGCUGGGCUGUACUGACAGCUACUAUUCUGGUCUUGGCACUCACACUCGCCUUCCCCGCCUGCAUUGGCAUCUUUUACACAGAUUUGCAAAAUGAGUUUCAAGCAAGCAACUCUGAAACUUCCUGGGUGCCAGCCAUCAUGACAGCAGUACUGCAUGCAGGAGGCCCUGUAUGCAGCGUUCUCGUGGAGUGCUUCGGUUGUCGUGCAACAAUAAUGGUGGGUGGGAUUCUGAGUGGUCUAGGGAUGGUAGUCAGCUCUUUCGCUCGAACCAUGGCAGACUUGUACAUUGCCACUGGAGUCAUCACAGGACUGGGAUUUUGUUUAUGCUUCCAGCCAUCAGUCACAAUGGUGGGCUAUUACUUUGUACGCCGGCGUGCCUUUGCCAGUGCCCUGUCUUCCACGGGAACAGCACUGGGUCUAAGCACUCUCCCCUUGCUGGCCAACUUUCUAUUGGAGCAGUUUGGCUGGCGAGGCAGCUUCCUAGUGCUGGGUGGAGUAGUGCUCAACUGCUGUGUGUGUGGGGCGGUCAUGAGGCCUCUAGAGGCCAAAAUAAACAUGAAGGCACUGCUGAUUCAGUCAGAAAAUCCACUGCUUAAAACUAAUGCACAGCAGGCUCAAAAUGAUCUAAAGACGCGUCUGCAGAGCACCUUGUCAUCCCUAGUGCUCUUCCUCAGCAGGCAUAUGGCUGUUGACCUGAUACGCACCCACCCACGCUUUCUUGCCUAUGCCUUGGGUGUGUCAUGGAUGAUGUUGGGUUUUUUAGUGCCACUGAUCUACCUGGUGCCAUAUGCUACUGCACACGGGAUAGAGCAGGAGCAAGCUGCUUUGCUUAUGGCUGUCCUCGGUCUGGUCAAUGUAACGGUAAGACCAACAGCAGCUCUGCUUUUCGGACUAAAGCGCUUCCGUGGAAGCCAUCAUUUUGUAUAUGUGUUUGCCUCUGCCCUCUUGGUCAAUGGCUUAAGCAACUGUAUGUGUGCUGCCAUGACCAGUUUCAAUGCACUUCUGACAUAUGUGCUGGUGUUUGCUGCUUCAAUGAGUAUUGUGGGCUCACUACUUUACACUGUGUUGAUGGAGACGGUGGAGAUGAGUCGUUUCCAGUCAGCCCUUGGCCUCAUCAGCAUCAUGGAGAGUGUCAUGCUUCUUCUGGGUCCACCUCUAGCAGGAAUGUUGGCAGAUAUUACUGGGCAACACAGCUACGUAUUCUUCUUCUGCAGUCUGUCUGUUUCCACUGCUGGCCUUUACAUUAUGGUGUCUUUCUACUGGCUGGACAGACAGAGUAACAAGGUAGAGAAGAGGCCUUAUUCUGAGCACACAUGCAAUUUGAAGCCCAAUAUUAGUCUGGUAACCAAGUGCCCUUUACAGAGGAGAGAGGUCUAGGACACUGAUAAUGCCAGUGAUGCUUAAAUAAUACAGUGUAAAUGCAUUUCUGUUUACUACCACUAGUAUAUGAGCUGAUACAGGAAUACAUAUAGGUAUCACCUUUGCCCUUUUUUUCCGCUUCUUUUAGAUACACACCAUACAGUGGUGACGGUUUAUAUUUGCACAUAACAGUAUUGACAUAUUGACGGUCUUUAUUCAACACUCACCCAGUCGCAAAUCAUUUUAUAAAGGUUUUCUAGAUUUUAUCAAACAGUCACUGGUAACUGGGUGAAUAUUGUUUUUUUGCUAUCAAUAAUUUUGUAUUUUUGCAAAUUUGAACAAAACCAUUUGACUUAGAUAUUGCCGGUUUAAUUAAAGAAAUAUUGUCAUCUGAAUUUUCUAGCUGCCAAAGGUCAUGAUUUAAUUGUAUGUCUUGAAGAAUGUUUCCUCUGCUAAUAUAUAGGAAUAACUAUCGAAUUAUUGACACUGUGAGAAACCACGAUAGCCUUUUAUUCUGAAUUUUUAAGUUAUUUAAAAAAAGAUAAAUCUUUUAAAAUAUUUAUGUA